AUGGAACAUAAUAAAGAUCCUAAUAACACCAUUGCACGUACACUUACAUGCGUUCAGUUCCCACGUUGGUAUGUUUGGAAGCUUGACAAACGUAUAUGGGUUCCUAGAAAAAAGGAAAAUUUAGUUAGCAGAAUUCAUUCUGUGUCUCCGUCUAUUGGUGAAGCUUACUUUUUAAGAAUUCUUCUUAACAAAGUUAAAGGACCAACAUCAUUUUAUGAUAUUAAAACAGUUAAUGGUCGAGUGUACGAUACGUUUAGAGAUGCUUGCUAUGCGCUUGGUCUUUUGGAUGAUGACUCAGAGUACGUCGAGACCAUAAAAGAAGCAAAUAUAUCAAGUAGUGCUUCUUAUAUUCGUAAUCUAUUUGCCACCAUGCUAUUAUCAAGCUCUUUAUCUAGGCAGACUAGGCCUGAAUUAGUCUGGGAAAGGACAUGGAAAUAUAUGACAGACGGUUUUGUUUAUAGAUUGUCAAAAUAUCAUCGAGUUGCAGGUACUGCGUCCUUAGAUAACUUUAGCUGCCGUUUGAUUAAUAAGGAGCUUGCAUACGACAGAACGAAUCUACAAAAUGUUUAUGAAGGCCAGUUGAAUAUGUUAACUGAUGAACAACAUGCAAUAUUUGAAGACAUUAUUCAAGCAGUUGACGGAAACAAUGGAGGAAUGUUUUUCGUUUAUGGUUAUGGCGGUACUGGUAAAACAUUUUUAUGGAAAACACUGCAUGCGGAAAUCAGAUCAAAAGGUGAAAUCGUAUUAAACGUCGCAUCCAGGGGAAUUGCAUCAUUGUUGUUGGAUGGAGGAAGAAUGGCUCACUCUAGGUUUCACAUACCUUUGAAUCUUAAUGAGGAUUCGGUUUGUCAUAUUAAACCAGAUGAUGAUGUAGCUAAAUUACUAAACGAGACCAAACUGAUUAUAUGGGCCGAAGCGCCUAUGGUGCAUAAACAUGCAUUUGAGGCGUUGGAUAGAACUAUGCAUGACAUUUUCAAUAUCGAAAAUUCACGCAAAUCUGAUAUCCUGUUUGGAGAGAUAAAUAAUUUUGCGAAAUGGCUUUUGGAUGUGGGUGAGGGAAAUGUUGGUGGUUCGAAUGAUGGAGAAGUAACAAUCGAAAUACCACCGGAUCUUCUAAUUGACAACACAUCUUACCCAAUUUCUUGCUUAAUCGAUUUUGUUUAUCCAUUAAUCUUGGACAACUUCAAUGAUCGUAAUUACUUUAGCGAUAGGGCUAUACUUGCCCCUAAGAAUGAGGUUGUGCAUGAGAUUAAUGACAAAUUGUUGUCGCUAUUCGCAGAUGCAAAUCCUACACAACAAAGAAUAUACUCACCGGAUGUGCUCAACGGUCUAAAAGUAUCCGGCUUACCAAAUCAUAGGUUAGUGCUUAAAGUCGGUGUUCCGAUAUUGCUAUUACGAAAUACUGACCAACAAAAUGGUUUGUGCAACGAUACAAGGUUAAAGGUUACAAAACUGUACAACCUUGUAAUUGAAGCGGAGAUAAUUUCAGGUGGAAAUAUUGGUACUCGCACAUUCAUAGCUGGAGUUAAUUUAAUCCCUUCAGAUGGAAAGAUUCCUUUCGCGUUUCAAAGGAGACAAUUUCCAAUAGCUGUAUGUUUUGCAAUGACGAUCAAUAAAAGCCAGGGCCAGUCGCUAUCAAAAGUUGAGUGA